GUUGUUAAGCAUUAGAACCGGCGAAUGUUAUUGUAUACAUUUUGAGGCGCCUUGGAUGUAAGAUGCGCAGAUAUUUCGCGUAAAUAAGAUCCAGAAUGGAGUUGAAUAUCUUUCAAGACUGCUGGGAGCUGGUGCAACGUUUCCAGCGAUUGGUCAACGAUGGAGAAAGCUGCGAGUUCGAGGUGUUCUGUCGGUGCUGGCGAGAAAUGCAGCUGCAGCACCUCUUCACUGCCCAGACGAACCACACAGAGGUGAUAGCCACCACUUUGGCGGCCCUGCAUGUAGCUAAGCGGCUGUCGUGCUCCCGACGCACAACCGGGGACGUUUACCCGGCAACCCGCGCGCAAAGGAUUGGAGGAUUCUAUCUGCUGUACGUGAUCUUCUACAAGCAGCCCACCCACAACUUUAUUAAGAUCGAGGUCUCACCGCGCACAUGGCAGGAGCUAACAGACUACGCUCUAGAUCUGCGCAAGGAUAGUCCGGAGCGGAAGGACACCCAACAGAUCGCCUACAUGUUGUGGCGCCUGGUCCAGGAACAGGCCUUUCGCUUCACAGCGCUCGACUAUUGCCAGGGGUUGGACAAUUUGGUGGACUACGAUCGUGUGGAGAUCAUAGCGGGUGCCAAGGAACAGAGACAGAGAGCCUUGAUGCAGAAGCAACAACGUCCGAAUAACGAAAGCCUCACAUACGAACUGGAGGGUCUUCGAGCAUUGGACCAGGCAAGUCAGCCAUUGUGUGAACUGGAAUCAGCAUACAAUGCCCAAAAGAAGAAAUUGGCCGCUGGACAUGAGCACGCUCUGCCGCCCACUCAAAUUUUUGGCCAUCUGCGAGAAGUCUUUGCCGAUAUACAAAGUGUUUUGGGAGCUAAAAAGAGCACUCCAGACGAGGAAUGUCCCACAACAUCUACAAGCAACCAGUUGGAAGUGCGCCAAAGGGUGCGGAACAAGGCCAUGUACGGCGUCAAGGAAAGGGAGCCGCAACACCAAGAGGAGGAACUAGAAGUGGAGCUAGAGGUCAACGAUGCUUAUCAACGGAGGAUGUCCUCAGCCACCGUAUUCCAGAUGGAUCUGCCAAAUGAGGUGCAGCAAGAGUAUGAGAUCUUUGACUUUAGUGACGACGAGGAAAAGGAGGUGGGGGAAAGCGAGGUCUCAGAUGAAGAAUUCAGAGAACUACUGGGUACUUGAGCUAGUUUAUAAAACUGUUACAUAAAUAAAGAGCUCUCCAUAAUCAACGAA